CCAAUGUCCCUGGGUUUAGAUCAGUAUCCAUUGGAAAAUACCCCUACCUGUGGCAAUGCUAUACCUACUUUUGUUGCUCGGAUCGACAGUUACCCUGUGUCAAUUGCCAAAGGAAUAGCGUUUUCACUUGGAGCUAAAUUAGAUGAAGACAAAGGUUGUGAUACCGCCGACCAGUACAUUAUGAGCAGCCCGUUUCCUGUAACAAACGUCAAUUCCCCAAACCAAGGCAACCAAUGGAGAUUUUCCAACUGUAGCAUAGACUCUAUAAAAUCAUUUUUCAAUAGCUCGUCUACUGAUUGCCUCACAACACAGGACAUCAUAUAUGAUCUUGAAAGUUACGACUCGUCGCCAACCAUCACUGACUUGUUGUCCUUAAAUGAACAAUGUCAACUUCUCUUCCAGAGGAACUCUACUAUUUGUGAUACAGGCGCAAUCGACUGUUUCAGCGGUUCCCAAGCUUGUAAUGUGUCUGGUGUUUGUGAAAGCAUUGACGUUCCCCAAAAUACACCGUGUAAUACAGGAAAUAAUUAUGUGUGUGAGUAUGGGUUUUGUGUAAGCAACUCGAGCCAAAGCUCUAGCUCCAGCACAUCAACAGGUUUGCAGACGACAACAGUUACACCUUCUUCUACAACUGGAUCCACCAAGAAGCCAGACGAUUGUGUUGUAGAGACUGGUUAUGUAGAGUUUGAUCUUCCGGGGUGUGGUUGUUGUGGAAGGUGUGGCUGUGAAAAGACGUGUUCACAAUGUGAACCUGGACUUCCGGCAUAUAACCAAAGUGAAAGCUGCACCAAGGAAGCUAACUGUUGUGGAUCUAAAGUUAGAAUGAGAACAUUGUACGUAUCCUCUUCAAAAUUGUCAAAAUGCAAUUUUCAGAUUAUCAGAUAAAAUUUCUACUAUUUUGAUGA